AUGGCUGAGAGGAAUCAAUUGCGUAGACAGCUUGCCCACAUGAGACAGUCCCUCUUUGAUCAGGGGUUUCUGGAUGAGCAAUUUGUUCAGCUGGAAGAAUUGCAGGAUGAUACUAACCCUAACUUUGUGGAGGAAGUUGUUACACUCUUCUACAGGGAUUCAACUCGGCUUAUCCUCAGUAUAGACCAAGCAUUGGAUAAGAACCCUCUUGAUUUCACUACGUUGGACAGCUAUAUGCACCAGUUCAAGGGUAGUAGUUCAAGCAUUGGAGCCAAAAAGGUGAAAAAAGAAAGCACACAGUUUAGGGAAUACUGCAGGGCAGGAAAUGGAGAAGGAUGCAAGAGGACUUUCCAACAAGUGAAGAAAGAAUAUGCAACACUUAAAAAGAAGCUUGAAACUUACUUUCAGUUUGCAAGACAGGCUGGACCUAUUGAGGUGGCACGUAGGCCCAAGUAA